AUGGCAGUCUUUCGGCUGCAUCUGCUGGCGCACUGGACGCGGUUAUUGGGAGAAAAGAUGGCAGUCUUUCGGCUGCAUCUGCUGGCGCGCUGGACGGACGGCUCCUUGGAGCUGCUGCCAGCUGGCGUGGAGGCAGCCAAGGCGGGCAGUGGGAAGGGCAGCAAGGGAGGGUUUGUGGAGGGGUUUGUGGAGUCUGAUGAGGAGGGGAGUGAGGAAGAGGAAGGGGAGGAGGAAGGGGGUGGUGAGGAAGAGGCUGCUGCUUAG